AUGCCCAGAUGGCCAGGGAACGGCCACAGUUUCCCUUUUGGUUCUUCCCCGGCGGUCAGAAAUGGCGUCUCCCUGUCGCCCUCCCCGGUCGCUGUCGGGGUCGCGCUGCAGAACAUGUGCCUAUUCACAUCGUCCCCUUCUGCGACGACGCACACCAUUUUUUUCGUGAUACUUUGUACUGGGUCUAGGUGGGUGCGUCGUGUUGGUUGCACCAUGGAGGUGGGGCGAUCGGGAAACGGCGGCGGCAAGGCGGUCACCUUCGACGACGCGGUGGCCGGGAGGCGCCGGAACGGCUCUCUCUCGUCGUCGUACCUUGACACCGGCAACAAGGAUGCCGAGACCGGCCGUGCCGCGCGGCCAUUGCCGGCGCACGGCAUGGGGAGCCGGCGCCGCACGUACGCUGACGGCGAGCUCGACGUGUUCGCCGCCGAGCGCUACUUCAAGGGCGCAAUGGACGGCGACGGUGGUGACCGCAAGGAGGCCGUCGCCACUGCGGUGGUGGAGGUGCCGCCCGUGCAGACGGCCGCUUCGAGGCCGGCCGAGGCCGUGGUGAUGGCUAGGCCGUCCUCGACGCGCGCGUCGACGGUGAGCGUGACCGCGAGCUCGGCGUCCAGCGCCAACAGCCAGACCGCGCUCUUCCGUGGCGGACACCGGCGGGGCGGCUCCCGCGACAAGAAGUGCUGCGUCCAGGUCGGCGUGCUCAUGCGCACGUGCUCCGGGAAGCGGUCGGUGCGCGUCGACGCCGGCGCGACCAAGGAAGUCCACGACACGGGCGAGCUGGCGGCGAGCAGGAUCGACUGGUACAGAGAGUUGAGGAUGCAGAAGGCCGCCAUUGGGCUCGCUGGGGACGAUGGCAUCAACCACGGCGUGGUGGCCGCGGGUCUCCCGCCGAGUUUGACUCUUGGCACGGCGAAAGUGGCAGCCAUCGGGAGAGAGAUGACACGGGAGGAGAAGGCGGCUGAGCUCACCUGCUCAAGCUCUAUGAGGAGGAGCUUCGCUCUCGUGGCUCCGGUCCGAGGCAACGUACCGGCGACCGGCCGCGUCGGCGACGCUGGCGGAGCAGCAGGCAGAGGUGGCAACGACGUCGACGGCGACGACGAUGAUGGCGCCGGGAGCGAGUCGAGCUCGGACCUGUUCGAGAUCAAGAGCCUGAUGAUCGAGGACUGCCCCUACGAACCGAGCGAGGCGAGCAUCCAGUGGAGCGUGGUGACCGCGAGCGCCGCGGACGCGUCGGAGCAGGGCGGCGACCGCCCCUCUGGCAGAUGGGCCAGCGGCGGCGGCGGCAGGGGUCCUGUCGCCGGGAGGCAGCACCGGGAGCACCGGCCGGUCGGGCUGCUCGCGGGGUGCGCCAGCCACAGGGCCGUCGACGUGUCGACGGCGACAAAGGCCGCGCCGAACGCGGCGGCGAUGCAGCAGCGCAUUGGUGCGUUUCAGAAGGGACGGACUGGAGCCUGACGAUCCUUUGUUUUGCCUCCCGCUUCUGUGUGGAUUCAAGUCACUGUAACCAUCUUGGACGGUAUCUAAGGGAGAAUGUUUUUUUUCUUUUACUUAACUUGAUACUACCGUGUACUUAGUAUCAAUGUUUUGAAUUCGUGUGAGCUAAAAUGUGCAGGUAGGAUAAAAAGGGUUUACCAUGUAGCGUCAAUGCUUGAUUAGACAGUUGUAAUGUCUCAGGUGUGCUUGGCACAUGCAACUACUACCGGUUCACAGAACAUGCAUGCAGGAAUGCUGGAAUGUUGUUGACAAA